AUGGCUUACUUGGAGCGUGCCUAUUUCGGUCUUCAAUGCUUUUGGGGAGAAUCGGCAUGGGCCAAAUUGAAGGGAGUUGUAGUGACAAGAGUUGGAUAUGCCGGAGGAAAACAACCAAAUCCAACAUACAAAAAUAUCAAGGAUCACACUGAAAUCACUGAAAUCACUUUCGAUCCGAAGGUUAUCGAGUACUCCAAGCUGACUAACUUCUUCUGGAAACAUCAUAAUCCAGCAGAGAGAAGAAAGAAGCAAUACCAAUCCGCGAUUCUCUACGUCAACGAUUCUCAAAAGAAGGUCGCCGAGGAUUCAUUGAAAGCAGCCAAAGAGAAACAUGGAGACAUCGAGACCUAUGUUGAACCACUCGACAAAUUCUAUCAAGCUGAAGACUAUCAUCAGAAGUAUUGGUUCCGUCAAAAGAAGAAUCUUUUUGAUGAGCUCUCUCUUUUGGACACUCAGGUCGCUGAGGGAGAACUCGCCACGAAGUUGAAUGCAUACUGUGCUGGAUUCCAAGAUUUCCAUGAUCUCGAACGUCUUCAGAAAGAAUUCGUUUUGCCUCAAUCGUUCGUCGAUAAGGUCAAGGAGUACGCCUUGUCUGGAGGAGACCCAAGAAAUUGCCAUGCUUAA